GUGGCAGGAGCGAACGAUCAGUAGCAAUUCCUCGCGAGACAUACAUUUGAAUAAACCUCCCGCCCACGAAGAGGACAAACCCUAAAGUGUUCUAUGGCGGCAGCGAUCAAUGCCGGUGCUUGUUGGGCGUGGCCAAGCCGCUGCUGCAAUAGCAUCAGCACAAGAUUGGCCUGCAAGGAGGAAUCUCUUGCGCUCACUGCUCCAGAGCUGCGAGAUCUAAAAUCUUCCAUCAAGGAUAACUUAAAAGGUAUCAACAGGGGGAUAUUUGGAGUCCAGACCCCAAAGAAAAUCGCGAUUGAGGAGCUUAUCAUGGAGCUCGAGAGAUUGAAUCCAUGCCCAAACCCCAUGGAAAAUCUUCCAAAGCUGGAUGGUAACUGGCAGCUUCUUUACAGCACCAUCUCCAUUCUCGGCUCGAAACGUACUAAACUCGGGCUUCGAGACUUCAUCUCUCUUGGAGACUUUACUCAAACGAUUGACAUAGCGAAGAUGAAAGCAGUGAACACGAUCGAGUUUACCGUUCCCGCAUUUUCAAUGUUUAGAGGCUCGCUUACCAUCACGGCUUCGUAUCGAAUCACUUCGCCCACGCACGUAGAUAUCACGUAUGAAUCAUCGACAAUUGUUCCAAACCAGUUGAUGAACCUAUUUGAGAAGAACUACGACCUCCUGCUAGGCAUUUUCAAUCCCGCGGGCUGGCUUGAAAUCACCUACCUGGAUGAGAGCUGGCGAGUCGGCCGAGAUGACAAGGAGAACAUUUUCCUUCUGGAGAAGCUACCAAGUUCCUAAAAUCGAGUUUCAUGCACAACAUUCUACAGCUAUCUGUGGAUGAGCUACUCGAGAGUCCGGGAUGAUUUGGGAGCUACUCAUGGCAGCAAGGUCCAUUAGGCUUGAUCACGAUCUUCUAUUCAAGAGUGCAGCAGAACAUGGAGGGUCUCAAUUACCAUAGUUCCAAAUCUCGCAGUUCGAACCGCUUGUAACAUCCCAGGCACCAGUGACCUGCGCGUCAAUAGCAUCGUAGUUCCUCUUCCGCCCCACGUAGAA